AUGAGCACAUCACUGUUCGUUUCUUGCUUUAUUCUGGCGGGGUCCAUCUUCAGUUCGCAUGAAGCAAGUGUAAAACGGCCACCAUAUAAUGCAACUGAGGCAUUCCUUACGAAUGGCACAUACUACAUGAAGUAUCGUAAUUACACCAAUGAUAAAUUAUUUGGCAACUACUCAUGUGUGUCAAGGUGGGGAGGAGAUGACAAACUGGAAGAGGAUCCCAUCAGAAUCAAAUAUAGGCUCGAAAAUUACAGGAGAGACCCAUUAAGUAAGCAGGAAGAUGUUAUCGUAGGCUUCUACGCAAAUCAAAGCAAUACUUUUUAUUAUACUGAAGAAUCCAAAAAACAACAAAAACGGAAACUCAUUUACAUGAACGUAUCGGAGCAGUGUCAAGUUACAAAAACAUAUAAUACAGGAAACGGAUCAGGCUGUACGCUGUGGAUGGGUGCUUUUAAAGUAGACAAUGAUCCUCCAACUCGCUGCGAAAAAGCCUACAAGAGGUGCGGGGGCGAAACGAAGCUACAGUACCACAAGAGUUGCAAGCACCUUAACAGUUGGCAACUACACGGGUCAUCAAAAUAA